CACAUGAUCCCAAAGCCUGCAAGUAGACCGACGCUCGUCGCUGUGCCUGUCGCAUUUCUGACUCGCAACCGAUGGCCGAGAGGACAUGCCGAGAGGCUUCUUCACGACGACAAUCCUUCCGAAGGUCUCUCGCCGAAGCUGGUCUGCCCGUGGAAGCCCUCGAACGAUUGGAAGCGAAGCGCAAACAGCUCGAUGAGUCCAUACACAAAUACAUUGCUGCGAAAGAACGAGAAUACAAGAGCUUCGAAAAGGACGAAAUUCAGAGACACAAGCUUGGCCUGGCGCAUGGAGAGAGCCGACCGCGAAGAACAUCUUCAGAGUCAACACAGGACACAACAGCAUCGCCGCCCAAGCAGCGUGGACAGCAGCAAAACGUGGUCGCCGCGCUAGUGUCAGCGGGCGUGCGCAGAGAACACAUUGGCCAGCCGCAUUCAGUAGCGGUGGUCGACGAUGAUGGUGCAGCACCGACAAUAGAAGCCAGGCCCUCGCUGGCCGGAUUGACCGAUCGACGGGCCAGCGAAGACCGCGACAAGGAGUUCAUUGGAGUUUUCACGCCGACCUUCUUGCCUGCACUGGACAAUGGCAGAGGUGGAGGUAGUUCCAGCCCGGCACGUGCAGAUUCUGCACCUCCUUCCCCAGCUGCAGCGACCACGAACGGGUCGGAUCCGAACAACGUACAUCGUGUAAAAUCAGACACGGAUGUGCAGGCGCAGCAGAAACGGCCAUUACAUUUACAAUUGGCCAGCCGCACGUCUUCCUCGGGUUCAUCUGCCGACGGGAAUAACAGACUUGCUUCAGCGCUCAAGUCGCCAACGCACCCACGAUCAAAACGAAAAAGAGUCUCGCUGGCAGUCGGCGAUACCAUUGUCGCACCUUCGGACAAUGUUCCAAUUACGAUGGGAUCCAACAAUAGCACGCCCUCUCACUCACGAACACGAUCGCCAGCGGAUCGAGAAACAUCGCCAAAGGUCGCUAAAUCAACGAGUCCGCCAAAGGACUCACCACAACAGACUGCCUCGGGAAAGAUGACAUUAUCGCCGCUGGCUGAGUUGACCAUGUCUUCACAGCUACCUCAUCGCGGGAGAAGCGAUAAAGGGAAACAACCUGUCUUUGGCGACCCGGUCAAAAAUGCUAAUCAGGCAGCACCGCAACCUUCAUCCAGGCCGUCCAUUGACGGAGAUUUGGAUUUCGCCCUGGAUGAGGAGGACAUGAUCCCCGAUGGCAGAGGCUCUUCACCACACACACGUGACCGCGCGGACGAAAUAAUGGGCCGAAUAAAAAGGGCCGAUGACGACGAAAUGUACGAACCGAGCGAGGGCAUUCUACCCGAAGAUCGCGAAACCGGUGACUCACACGAAGAAGACGAUUUUGAUGCUCACGCGCAACACAUUGAAUUUCACCCUGGGUCUGUGCAACAAACCAAUAAUCCUGGCUUCCGACGUCCUUCCGUGUCCCACGAUCCGGUAUAUACUGGCCGGGACUACGAUCGCGCAGAACACAACGCCGUUACGAAAGAGAUCUAUGGCUCGUCAUUUAACAGGCCUACGAGUAAGAGCUCCUUCACCCCUGGCAGUCUGGGCGAGUCCUUCAUGGCGAUGAACGCGGCGAGGAUGAUGAAGGAACGAAGAGCGAGCGAUCAGACGACGCAAGUACGUUCAUGAUGUGAUGCGAGUACACGGCGGAUCUGUGUCCAUUUUGAGGAGGAUAUACAGGAGGUUACAUCUAGAGGGCUCUUUGGCUUCUGAUAUACGAUCGUUUGUCUUGGGUGGGCAAAUGAGGAAAACUCUUUUGAUUGAAGAUACCCCCUUUUGUAGCGAGCUUUGCCGGCGAGCUUUGAUUGCUCGCGUUGAAAUACCGCAGCAACGCAUCAAAUCUGUCACUCCUUCACGUACUUCUCUGCUUCCUUCAGGUGGCUUGUGGUGUGCGACUUUCGACAUAUUGUGCGGGCGAAACAUGAGCUUUUUGAGAACUGUCUGUA